AUGGAGGCCUUUCGUUUACCGCGCAAGUCUCGACCCGCGCUGGCGGCGAGUUUUGACGGCAAGUCGUUGCACGAACAGCACAACGACGGGACUUUGUUUGUCAGCAAGGGCGUGAAAUACUACUCGCCAGUGCUCUUCUACACGGCUCCCGCCAUUACAAAGUCACCGUUUCCGAUGCUGAUAUGCGACGUAUUGAAAUUGCGCGAUUGCAGACGGGUCUACAAGAACGAGGGCUACGCUCCAGCGAGCCAGAACAUACUGAUGUUGGGAAACCAUCCUGUGCAGAAGAUUCUUGUUCAGGGGAAGGUGGUAGGCGAGCGGUGGCACGAGAUGUCCCAGGACAAGUUUUUCAUGUUUCUGGAGAUUUCAGACGGGACGGCCGAAGACGCCCUCACAAUCAAGAUACAGAGCCGGCUGUACCACCAACGGCUGAACGGGUUUGAGAAGAAUAGCAAUCUGCUGGUACAAGUCCGAGGAGUGGCUAAUGUGUACAACGACCAGGUCGAGAUCUGCGCCGACUCGCUCGACGUGGUGGGGGACAAGCGUGACAUGGGGGUGGAGAUGGACUGGUGGGAUAGGGCACUGAGUAUGAAGGCCGAAGUUUUGGAGGAUCCGUGGGAGUUUCGUGGUGAUGUUGACGAGGCGAAAAAGAAUGGUGAAAAGAUAUUAAGAGAGUGGCUCGAGGAGCGGCGAGCUGCCAAGGAGGAGGACGAGAGGCUUGAGCCGCAACCAAAGCGCGAAAACGCGCAUGGAAGGCAGCGUAUUUUGGAGAACGAGCGUGCUGAAGCAGAUGUGGCUAAUGGCCAAGCCUCAAACUCUUCAGAGCAUGAUUCGGAAGGGUCUGGCUACGCAACAGCUACAGAGAUCGAGGAGAGCGACGCGUCGAGUAAUGUGGAGCAGGGGGAGGAGGUAGAGGAGGAGCAGGCUGUGAAGAAAAGACGAAAAAAAGAGCCAAAAACACCGCAGACGGACGAACAGGCUAGCGCCAGCACGCAGCUCCUGCUUCCACCGCCCGCGUUCGUGGGAACACGGGUUUCCAUAUCUCUGCUCGGUCGUUUUGACGACGACCACAACGCCGUGGAAAAAGAGAUUCUCAGGUUCUGUAUGCAAACUGCCGACAGCAAGUUCAGUCUGGAUCGGCUGAUGGCAGACAGAUCGGUGGCCGUCUCCGUGUACCAGGAGAUUCUCAGGACCAGAGCAGAGCAGGACUCAGGGCCACUUAACAGCGACCUGGACCAGCACUCGUUCAAGCUGUUUUUCCAUGCCGCGCGGAAGUCUCUGUGCCACGCAAAGCUGCUCAAACUCACCAAGUCGUCAAACAUAGAGACCAAUAGCCUGAAAUACGUCCAUGAGUACUUUUCGAACCUGAUCAACCACGUCAUGCGUCAAAUGAAGAUAGUUGUCCAGGAGCUGAAAGACGACUCCGAGACCGUCGAGGAAUUCUGCCGCAAUAUGGUGCAGUUCUAUCACACUCGCCUGGGGCGGUUUGUGCUGACGUCGAGGUCGAUGGUCAGCAAGGUGCAGGAGAAGUUCUCGGUGAGCAUCACAGCCCCGAUGAUCCGCCAGAUCAUGGCACACACCAUCUGUUCUGCCGAGACAGACCAUUCAAUUGAGCUUGAAGAUGGGCUGCAGGUCAGUUUCACUGUUUCCGACAGCAAGGGACGCAGAUCGCGAGCGGGCUCGAUCACGUCGACUACGUCGGCCGGUACGGCGACGGUCGACUCGGUCGUUCUGGAAGAAUUGAAGCCUAGGGCCAGAAGCAAGUCGUUGGGCGAGCUCGACCCGGUGGUGACCGCUCAGGUGACAAAACCGGUGAUGUAUCCCUUUUCCGGUGCAGAGAAAGAGGCCCUGUGGACCCAGUACACACAGGACUACGCGAACGGCUGUAUAGUGAACAUCGACGACCAAUGGGAGAUAGACAAAGCCACGAGCCAGGAGGUGUUGGAGUUCCAAAAUUAUCUGCGCUACAACUACGAGGAAAACAAGCGGUUUUUAAAGGAAACAAACGCGAUAAUCCAGGACCUGAACAAGCUGCUGGUGAUUGGCGACCAGGUCACGUUGCAAACAGUGGACUUCCAGAAGAAAUCGACGCAGCUGAUAGCGGAAAUCGAACAGCUCGGCAGACUGCACGAGGACAUCUCCAGCAACCUGACGCUCUUUGAAUCGCUCGAUCCGAUUGUGCAGACCCUCAACACCAGCAGCAGCGGGUCGAUCGUCGCCAAAGACAGUUUCCGCCGCGAUAUUCUCCAGGAGCUGGACCGGUGUCUCAUUUUUGUGCACGACCCCAAACACUCUACUUUCAAGGAAAUUGGCAUUUACAAGCAUAGAUUCAAGCAAUGCAUGAUUCGAGCUCUUACGCUGGUGAAAAACUACAUCGCUACGGCGAUCCGCGAUCUCGAAGCGGAACUGCAACAGAAAAUCACAGAAAAAAAGAAAGAACAGGGCAUGGCAUCUUCCAGCGUCUCGGUCAUGGUGGACGCGUUUGUGUAUAUCCAGUUUGAGGAGGACGCCGCCAAGUAUACCGGACUAUUUGAGGAGCUGUACGUAAGGGCAGUCGAAACGCAGGACCAGGAAUACCUGGGGCUCCUGAAUGACUGCUACAACCAAUACUUUAGAUCCCGAUCUAAUCUGCUCGGUUCCAUUGUCCAACAGCACAUUACCUCACAGGAUACCUCCAAGGAUUGCAUUCAGCUGGCACAGAGCAACAUAUCGUACUUUAUCAAGCUAAUGGAGCGCGAGUACGACAUAUUCAAAAGACUUUUCUUCCUGGCUCCGCAGAAAUGUAACUCCGAAGUGGAUAACUCUACCAACCUGCUGUCACUGUCUAAAUGGUUUGAGGAGCUGCUGGAUCCACUGUACUAUCUGCUGAGAAACAAAAUUAUACGGGAAAAGAGCAUUUCAGAGCUCUGCGAGCUCAUUUCCAUUCUACAAAGCUAUUACGACGUGGAGGAGUUUGACACGAGCGAACAGGCAGACGAGUCGGACAUGUACCAUCACGACGCACCGUUGCAGGAGAAGAUUCAGCUUGGCGAGCUUUUCCGGCCAAUUCUGGAAGACGCACAGACAAGACUCGUGUUCAGGGUGCAGGUCUACGUGGACCAAUAUAUUGUGAGCUAUAAAAAAACAGGCAGAGAAUUGACAAUCGGGCAUCGCCGCAAAGUCAGUGGUGCCGACCCUAUUGCCGAGAAGCCGUUACCGCAGCCAGACGGGGAGCUGCGUGGCGACAGCGUUUUCUCGCUGGAAAACAAUGCGCUGGCGCCCCAAAACCUCGAAUUUGUGUAUCCACCGAUUGUCAAUGUUGUCCAGUUGUUGAUGAAGAUCUACCAGCUGCUGAACCCAAGCGUGUUCGACGACCUUGCCAAUGCGGUUGUCCAUCUAUCAAUAUUGUCGCUGCACACGAAUUUCGGUAACGUUCCUGGUGUUGAGUCCAAACUGUACGAGAUUAAAAACCUCAUGUUUCUGCGAGAGUAUAUUUCCACAUUUGAGAUAGAACAUGCGCGCCGCGAGACAAAUUUGGAUUUCAGCGGGAUCAAGAAGAUGUUCAAUAGAUUCAUACGCGGCGACAACACCAAAGAGACUAUCGACACGAAUUUCUCGGCCGCGAAUGCUGUAAACCCCGAGCAGAACCGGUUUAUGAACUUGUUGCUGGGAUCGGUUCCACGGGUGGUGAACGACUACGUGGACUGUCGGUAUGAGAUUCAAAUGGCACUCAGAAAUGCAGUGCACCAGUUUAUCGACGAGUCGGCCAAGACGUUCACCAAACCGUUAGAGCUCUAUCCGCAGCAGUCUUUGCACAACGUAAUGGACAAGUUCAUGCGGACGCUUAAAAACGAGCUGCCCCGUCUUAAACCACGCAUCUUGAUGUACCUGAACGACGAGAAGAUUUUGAGCUUUCUGCUGGACGGGAUUCAGGAGACCGUGAUGAAAGCAUACGAGCAGUUUUAUUCGAGAGCAGAAAAAGAGAAAUCUCAGGAUAUCGAGCAUCUCGUGGACGUCGACGUGGUCAUUUCCCUGUGGGCAGACCAGGUCAGCGAGAUGAUCUCGUUGGAAGACCCGGAACUCGACCUAGACGUGUAUUCUGACGACGAACAGCUGAUGAGCGAAAACGGCGACGUCAGCAACCUGAACCUCAAUUCGCUAAGAUAA